AUGAGCCCCUCAGCAGUAGACGUGGCCCCCGUGGCCGUCUCCAAGUCCAACAUUGGUGUCUUUACGAAUCCGGGCCAUGACCUGUGGAUCAGCGAGACGGGGCCGACGGUGGAGGACGUCAAGAGCGGCGAGAAGCUCCAGCCGGGACAGGUCACCAUUGCCAUCCGGAGUACCGGUAUCUGCGGAUCCGACAUCCACUUCUGGAAGCACGGGUGCAUCGGCCCCAUGAUCGUGUGCGGCAACCACGUCCUGGGCCACGAGUCGGCGGGCGAGAUCGUCGCCGUGCACCCGUCCGUCACCUCGCUCGCCGUGGGCGACCGCGUCGCCAUCGAGCCGCAGGUCAUCUGCAACGCCUGCGAGCCGUGCCUGACGGGCCGGUACAACGGCUGCGAGCGCGUCGACUUCUUGUCGACGCCGCCCGUCGACGGCCUGCUGCGCCGCUACGUCAACCACCCGGCCGUCUGGUGCCACAAGAUCGGCAACAUGUCGUACGAGAACGGCGCCAUGCUCGAGCCCCUCAGCGUCGCGCUCGCGGGCCUGCAGCGCGCCGAGCUGCGCCUCGGCGACCCCGUGCUCGUCUGCGGCGCGGGGCCCAUCGGCCUCAUCACCAUGAUCUGCGCCAAGGCCGCCGGCGCCUGCCCGCUCGUCAUCACCGACAUCGACGAGGGGCGGCUGCGGUUCGCCAAGGAGGUCUGCCCGGAGGUCGUCACGCACAAGGUGGAGCGCAUGCCGGCCGAGGAGGCGGGCAGGGCCAUCGUGCAGGCCUUCGGCGGCGUCGAGCCGGCGCUGGCGCUCGAGUGCACGGGCGUCGAGAGCUCCAUCGCGGCGGCCAUCUGGGCGGCCAAGUUUGGCGGCAAGGUCUUUGUCAUUGGCGUCGGCAAGAACGAGAUCAACAUCCCCUUCAUGCGGCUCAGCGUCCGCGAGGUCGACCUGCAGUUCCAGUACCGCUACAGCAACACGUGGCCCCGGGCCAUCCGGCUGGUCGAGAACGGCGUCGUCGACCUGUCCAAGCUGGUCACGCACAGGUUCCCUCUCGAGGACGCCCUCAAGGCGUUCGACACGGCGGCAGACCCCAAGACGGGGGCGAUCAAGGUGCAGAUCCAGAGCCUGGACUGA